GAGCUUCAGUUAGUUCAUUCGCACCUACCAUUUUACCGCUUGAGGAACACCCUCCACUUUGCAUGCGGUUUCACUUAAUGUACUAAGACAACGAGGCAUUCUGCUAUAUAAACAAAGCCCGACAUCCUUGUUCCAGACAGGCUCUCGAGCUUGCUCAUAGAGAUGUCUUUGGAUUCACGUCCAGAAACACCCGACUCUCCAAGCAGUUUGCGCAACGCCACGGCUACUAUUGACGAUCUAACCCUUGCUCUAUCUGACUUCUCUCGUGCUCACUCACCUGAACCCCCAAACGUGUCGACCUGUUGUUGUGGAAGAGAGGAUUGUGAGACGACUCAGGCAUGGUGUGCGUUCAAGGCGAAGUUAGAAAGCCGCCUAGUCCUUAGUGCUGAGGUAGGCCAGGCGCUUUUGGAGAGGCAUGAGGCGUAUGUACGCCGUCAUGAGCACGCCAAGUGACAGACCGAACAUCCUCAGCGAUGAAAACUUGGGAGGGAUUGAACUCGCAGCGAACCGAGGAGCAAGUCGACGCUCGCGUUGCGGACCUGGUGAGAGAGAAUGCAGUUUUGGAGAAGCGUCUGUCCAAGGCCCUUGUCAAUAGCGAAGUCGCAGAGGUAUCUCAUCACACUGUCUUGCAGGAGCUGAAGCAGGCAAAGGAGACAAUCAGUCGCCUGUCUGCUCAACAUGCGCGUCUGGUUGGCCUCGAUCAACGUUUUACCGCUGCAAUACAAGAGAAGGACGAUGUUCAGCAGGAGAGGGACAGCGCCGUCCAGCGUGCACGACUAGCGGAAACUCGUUUAAUAUCACUCAAGGAGAAAUGCUGUCAGUGUGAGGACCUUGCUUUGAUGACUAGCGUUGACGUCUUUAUAGCAAAACUACAGGCCCAGGUCAAUCGACUUCGUGAAGACUUGGAUAUGCAACGUUCGCAUCGCCAAGAGCUAUCUGAGGAGAUACUUAGUGAUGCCCGAGAACGUUUGCAACAGUUGCAGCAAGUCCAACUUGGACAUGCAUCGAUGGUGGAUGAGACGGAAAUCACGAAGGUUCUCGAGUCACUGGUUGCUGACAAUGAGGCUCUAAAGCACGAUUACGCCGAGGUUCAAAAUCUUUUAGCGGAGACGCGCGAGGAUCUGCGGGCAUUGCAGGAAGAGAUCGAUGAACGUAGAGCCAAUGAUCCGACGCUUUCUAGGCAUCGUCAUACAAGUAAUGUCGCGUCUGUGGGUCAUACGGAUGCUUCGACGUCUCUGUCGGCAAAUUUUACUGUUGGCACCGCACCCACACCUUCCAUCAUGCAUUCCAACUUUCGUAAUGCCAGAGCUGGUCCUUCCCAUGACAGACGUGCUGCAAGUAUGGAGCGGUCUCCCCACCGUGUCUUUGAGCCUCUCACACCUGAGACUGGUCUUCGAUCAUUGUCUCCUGCAAGAUCCUACCUGACGACGGACGCAAAGAAUACGUCCUUCAGCCGCCCACGCUCGCCUUACGCUCCCUCUCAACUAAGCUUUGAAGCCGAUGACGACAGUCUACGAGAAACCCGCCCCAUACCUCCAGAGAAGCCUCGAGGUAACAAGUCCUUAUCAUUACUCACCCGUUCCCAAGGCGUUCAGACAGACGGAACGGGGUCCUCAAAUAAUAUCCUGGGUCUUUCGGCAAUACCCCGUGGACUGGGUGACCUUCUACCAUCGUCUUCUCCUCGUGAUGGACUGUCAGAAUCGUCCUCCAUAACUGAUGGCCAGACCUCGGUCAUCGGGGCACUUAUCGACAGACUAUCGACCCUCAUGAACCGUCUCAUUCAAGCGGACGCGCUCACAUUGACUAACCGGCUGAAACGGCAACAUCUCCUAGGUGCCGAUGUUAGUCACCUUUCUCGCAGCACUGUCAGUAGCAUCCUACAAGAAGUCAAUACUCUACGGUUACAAUACCGUGCUUUUCUCGAAGACGAAAAGAUUACAACGACAUGCACUCGGAAGGACCUUCGCGGGUUGUUCAAGCUGUUCAAGGACAUGUUCUCAGAGCUCGGGCAACUCCGUGUGACCCUAAACGAUGUCAUCCUCGACCCGGCUGUAGCUGGCAAGGUUAGCGACAUGGCUCUUCAUCCAUCGAAAUCCGAGGCCAAUCCUUCAAACACCGGCAGCGGUGAUGCAGUCACAGGCUCGUCAGGGUGGAUAGCACCGUUGUCGAAGCUGCUUGGUUUGCCAGGAGGGUCUUCCAAUCCAGAGCAGGAUGCAGCGACACGGGCGCUAUCGCCACCUGCAAGGCCUAGUAGCCGAGGUAGAGGUCGACCACCCCCACGUAUUGUACUGAAGCGGGAGCCAGCACUAUCGGCAUCUGCAAUGACAGUAAAUGUCGAGUUCUCUGGCGCAGGCGUGGGGCGAGCUGUGACAAGCACAUAUUCCGCUGAUCAUGACCGGUUUCACCCUGUUCCAUCCCAACCACAAACAACGCAGCUGUCUCCACUGUCCGGCGUUACUAACCAAACACUACGAAGUUCGGCUUCGAGGAGUGUGAUGAAUAUCUUCGCAGGCGCCCCUAGACCUACAGCAGACUCUGGUGACCCUUGGAUUGUUGUGCCAAAAGCCCAACGAGCCACGCAGCGGUCUCCGGAUGUUAACGGGAGCGCGACGAUUGGCCGUUCUGGAGUGCGCAACCUGACGGUUGAUGGUUCCAUGACUUUGCAGGCAGGCAGCCGUCAUCCCAGUGCAAACAAGCGACUGUCUCGCAUUGUUGAUGCUGUGAUAGACCGCGAUCCAAGUCAGCAAGGUUUCUCACCGACACGGGGCCAUGAUACUGAUGAAGACGAUCCAACUUCUGAGGGGAGGGACCUCGUUCAGGACACCCUGUUAGAGCGUACCCUCAGACCGAGAGGUCUGUCCGACUCUUCCAUACAUACUACCUUCAUGGCGCAUGGUGAACGCGACGAAGCUCAGCGCCAACCUCAGUCUUCAACCGUAACACGACAGUCCGUCUUACAGGCACUUAGCCGAAAAGUGCAGUCUUUCAGGUCGGCCAGCACGUCCCUCGCUUCAUCUAUCCCGGUGUCAUCGCAAGUAUCAGCAACGAUUGCAGCUGUUGUGUCUCGUCCACAUACCCCUCAGGCACCUCCAGUUUCCACCAAUGACCCUGAUACCUCGGUGCAUCCCAGUUUACCUGUGCCGAUGCCAGGUGCGCAUAAUAGGGCAAUCUCCCCUGGCGGUGCGAGGUUGUUCGCCGGUAUGAACUUGGCUGGGUGGGCCGCAACAGCCGCCACACUAGAGAAUGAAUCGACACCUUCCGCAGCGGGCCUUCCACCGUUCUAUGGUAGUCCGAGAGACGAGAGGCUCAGUACUAGGGGUUGGACGAGGGAACGAGAGUUAUAAUAUGGGGAAUCGACCUUCUGGGAUAAGGGAUCACACUGAUUCCUUCUUAAUUAGAGACUUUGGAAGUUUGGAUACAUGUAAAUUAUACUCGAGUCUGAUAGUUUUUGCGGAUAAACGAAUACAUAUGUUAUUAUGAUAGAUUUGAAUUAGAUAUGGCCGCCU